CGGGUUCUCGCGUUGCCCCUGGUAACUGGAGGGGAGGGGAACGUAACGACUCAAGAUGGCGAAGGGUUUGGACGAGCUCUUGGAUGAGGUCGAGUCCAAGCUUUGCAGACCAGACCCAUUCUGCCUAGGCAAGGUCGAGCGGUCCAGAGGCUGCAGCAGCGGCGGCGGCGGCAUCCUCAGCAACGACUGGAACCGAGCCGAGGCGAAAGAGAAUCUCAGAUCAACAGAAACGUAAAAAGAAGAUGAUCUUGACAGUCUUAUUAAUGAAAUAUUUGAAGAGCCCAACUUUGAUAAAAAACCCUUUAAAUUAAAAUCUAAAUCUUCAGGUAACACAUCUGUCAGAGCUUCCAUUCAAGACCUUGGUAAAAGUUGCAGCCCAGUAUACCUUGGUGGAAGCACUGUUCCGUGUGGGGUUGGAACAACUACUUCACAGAGAGCAUGUGCUCUGCGUUGUAUAUCGUGUGAUUUCUGGGUGGUAAGCUACAAUGACUAUAUGUGGGACAAAUCAUGCGAUUAUCUAUUUUUCAGGAACAACAUGCCAGAAUUCCACAAAUUAAAAAUUAAGUUGGUAAAGAAGAAAGGCACACGGGCAUAUGCCUGCCAGUGUAGCUGGAGAACUAUUGAAGAACUGACUGACCUUCAGACUGAUCAUCAACUGCAUUGGAUUUGUGGUAAACAUUAAGAAUGCAGACUUUUCACAUUUAGACAAUGCAUCCA